UUGAAGAAAUCGAAUCACUUACCUUUUACGAAUCUUUACAAAGUGAAGAUAUAGAUAACAAGCCUGAUGCUAUUGUUUUGUGUGCUAUGUAUCUUUUAGAACGUUUAGAACGUACCUCAAUUGUGGAGAUUUGGAAAAUAUCAAGAGUUACAAGUCAAGGGGUUAACCAUUUUAUAUUUCUUCUUUCAGAUAGCUCGGAUAGCUGCACUUGUCUUUUGCAACAAA